AGGACGGAGGCGGAACGGGAGCCGGAGAUUCCAACGGCGCUGCGCCACAACAGCCGGAGCGUCCAGUACUGACCGUGGACUUCAUUUUAGCCUCGAAUCAGCAUCCCGGGACUCGAUCUCGGUCUGGAUUGUGUACGGCUGGUCUGAUGUGAUCGGUUUAUCGUGUGGGAUCGGAGUGUAGAGUCGACGUUUGGAAUCAUGGCGGAAGGUGGAUUUGAUCCGUGCGAGUGCGUCUGCUCACACGAGCACGCGAUGAGGAGACUCAUCAACCUGCUACGACAGUCUCAAUCCUACUGCACAGACACCGAGUGCCUUCAGGAACUGCCAGCCCCUGGUUCACCAACAGGGGGCGAGCUUACUCUACCCAUGAUUAUUAUGGGCUGGGUGGUACUGGUGCUGGUGCUCUUCCUGCUUCGCCCUGCCGGUCUAAGAGGACCCAGAACCUCCAGCAAACCCAGCAGGCCCUUCACCAAUAAUGACCGAGAACCUCCACCAGCUCCACCGGUGGACUAACGUCCCAUCAGGACUGGAUUCCUACCAAGAACUUGAAGAAGCUGAUUUCUGUCCGAUCGCCGCCGUCCUUUCAUUCCGUCUGUAAUGAUCUGAUUCGUUUCCAUUCUGCGUAGAUUCUGAUCUGUCUGAAGAAUCCAGGAGUGAGAGUAGAGGAGUGGAACUCCACAUGAUUCAUAGCAAGGGUGUCGGUCCCAUUAGGGCGUGUUGGGGUCAUUUGGGCUUUUAUGGUUUAGAAUGAGAUGUUCUUUCUGUUUACUUCUCACGUCAUGUCUGAGGUCAUGUUCUGGGUCUUGGCUCUGGUGACGUACCACCACAAACCAGUUCUCCAAGACGCUGCCGUGUUUCGGCUCCUGACGCACCAGUCGGGUCACAUUUUUUGGGGUUUAGGUGGGGCGCCUGUGCCUGAAGUCGGAUUAGAGUGAAAUUUAGACUGAACGGCGUUCCUCCACAUCGCCCAUCAGAAGGGUUUGGUGGAUUAAUCAUGCCAACUUGGUUUCAAGUCACAGAGAUGUGUUAAUGUUCUCUUAUUGGCUUAUACGUUUACUGAGCACUUUAUUAGGAACACUGUGGGCAUUUUGUGAGCCACACUGACCACUUAGAUGCACUGUGAGGGACUGACUGACACUACCACGGUAAUGGCAUGGUAGCACUUUAUUGUUACGUUACUUAUUUACCUGUAUUCUGGUCGGACAGCUUUGCUAACGCAGCCCUCCUUCAUGUGUCCGGGCUUGGGACCUGCCCAGAGAGAUCACCGACGAGUGCACCGUCUUAAAGCUGACAUGCGAAACGUGGAUGUUACAUCUUAUAAUUAAUGUGUUACUAUUAAAUGAGCUUAAAACACCAUUUUGUCAGUUACACUAUAAACUGUUUACCUCAGAGACGCUUCAUUUAAAAAAAUUAUUGAUAUUUUGUUCGUUUACAGCAGAGCGGCCUUCAAGUUAGCUAGCCACACUAUCCAUUAGCCAGUCCGAACGGCUAGCAAUACAGCACUGGCAAUGAAGUGCUGGGAUGGAAAAAGUCUUUGGACACCAGCAAUUGGGCUGAGUCAUUAGUACGUAGCCGCUGUAUAUGACUGUUAGCUCGCUCAUGUAAACAUGAACCGAUUGAGUAACGCGCUCUUGCGUAACCGGACUAAAAGUCACCGGCGUGCCUGCCAAGUCCUGGCGAAGUGCAUCGACUUUAAGGGUUAAUUACCUUCGUUUUCCGAUUUUCUGGACUGUAUGUUUUCUGAAUCAUUCUCUGAACUGAAUUAGCCUCUAAAUUUUUUCAGUGAUUGACUCUCCUUACUACGAAUAAACCACGAAUGUGUA